CGGAUUCAAAAAAGGGAAAAUAAAUCAGAGAGCCGUUUGAUAUUUCUUUUGAAUUGUAUUUGUGGUGAUUCCUCUGAACAGAUCUCUAAUGUCGGCGGCGGAGAAGGUAAUCAUUGAUCUCUGUAGCUCGGAAGAGGAGGAAGAAGAUGUUUUCGGUGAUGAGAAUAACUAUGACGAAACGGAAGAGGAAGAAGACGAAGAUACGAAUUCAAGUGAGGAUGAUAGCGAUUGGAGCCACGACGAUGAUGAUGCUACAGAGUCAGAUGUUGAAGCUGACGAGAUCGGAGUAAAAGGCGAUAACGAUGAUGGUGAUGAAGAUGACAAAGUCACUCGCCUCCUCACAGCCGGAAGCGAUUUGAAAUCUGUAAAUGUGAAAGAGUGCAAAGCAUAUCUGAGAAAGCAUGGUCUAAGAUUAUCUGGCACCAAACCAGUUUGCAUUGACAGAAUUCUUGAGCAUUGGAGGAUUAAAGAUGGAACUGGAGAAGCAGUGUAUCCAAAAUCAUCCUUUGCUAUCAAUUGUAAAGGUGAUGUCUGCAAAGGAGACAUUGUUUUGUUUACACAGAAGGUUCACCACAAGUAUGAAAAGAUGAAAAAGAGUGGAAAUAUUAUGGGGAGAAGAACUGUCGCUGGCCAGGUUGUUAAAGAAAGCUAUGGUACUGCUAAACAACAACACACGUUCACUAUUGAAGUGCUCUGGUGUGAGGGGACACAGAAAUUGCCACCUUUGUAUCCAUUACUAGUCAAAGGACGAAAUCUUUAUAGGUUAAUGACCUUGAGGCAGCGAUGGCCAAAUGAAGAAGACAGAGUCAAAGUUCUUAACGAAAAGCAUAACCGUGGUGCCGCAGCAAGAAAGGUUAUGAGAGAAAGGAAAAUUAAGUCAGGCUAUGUACUAAAAGAUGGAAGACUUCAAAAGCCUGGUCAUGUGAAGAAGCCUUGUCAAGUAAAGACAAGAAAAAACGAGAAAGAUGAGAAUCUAACCCAGAGGCUUAGACAAAACACUCCCGCUAAUCAUUCACUUGUUGCUUUUCCAAACCAAAAUCCUUCACAGGGCCAUAAGAAUCAUCCAACACAGUUGACAGAUAUGAAUCCCGCUAAUUUCUACACUUCUCGACCACAUGCUCCUCGUUCACAUGCACCUCCUACAUAUGCUCCUCGACCACAUGCUCCUCGUUCGUACGCUCCUAUCAAUUCACAUCUUCCUCGUCCAAAUAUUCCUCCUUAUCAUUCCUAUACUUAUUCAGAACAACAAAACCAAACAAACCAACGACCACCACCUGCCUCCUAUACUUAUUCAACACAACAAAACCAAACAAACCAAAGACCACCACCUGCCUCCUAUACUUAUCCAACACAGCAAAACCAAACAAACCAAAGACCACCACCAGCUUUCUACAUCAGAAGAACUGCCUCUAAUGCUCCGCAGGGACAAGCAUCAUUCAACCCACAUGUCAAUACACACACUGUGCCGGUUACUCAUCAGAGGAGACCAUACCAGAACCCCCAUGUCAGCUCGAACAGUGGCUACAACCUGGGAGUGAGGGACUUGGAACACUUCUCGCAUAUGAUGAUAAGCCACAGAAGAGAAGGAGACACAUACAGGCAGAGUGAGGUCACUCAAGGGCCAUACAUGAACCAUCAGACCUACCAUUCCAACUUCAAUAGUAGCUACAACCAUGGGGCAAGGGACUUGUACAUGGUAAACAACAGAAGAGAAGGAGACAAUCACAGACCAAAUUAUCGAUAACACACCGUACCUCGUUCUAAGGCCAUAGGAAAGCGUCCUGAUCAUCGGUUCUCAACCCUUGUCUGUGAUUCGUAAGAAAGUUUUCUAGGCUCAUGAUUCUCUUGAUCAUCCGUUUCUCUUUUUUUUUUUUUUUUUUUUUUU